AUAAGGCUGUUGGUUUUGGUGCUUUUGAUGAUCCAAAAUGGCCGAUGACUAGAGCCUACUUGUUCUCUCUCACGUCCCAUCUCCCUUUGCAGACUAUCCUUCUCUUUCUCUCUAGGCCUACCUUCUUUCAUUCAUCGGCGUUUCACUGAUUGAUAGAUACAAUUACGCAAUGCUGGAUCUCAAUCUUGGUAUGGUCUCAAGCACUGAUCGGUCCAGCUCCACUUCAAUCGAUAACAAGUUUCCGGAGCUUUCCAGCAACCAAAUGGAAAGUUCUGUAAGCUUCAAUUCCUCUUCAGUUGUCAACGCCGGCGAUGAGGACGCAUCCUCCAACGCCGACAAGCUCGCGUACUCUUUCGGCAUCUUGAACAAGGAAGGAAGUAGUACUGUUGCAAUUUUUGAUCAUGAUGACGACAGUGGCGACCGGACGAUCCAGCUUUUCCCUCUCGAUGGUGGCGCCUGCUGGGGGCAGAGCACUGGAGCCGAUAUUCGAGGCCGAGAAUGGUUGGAUCUGGGAAGUAGGGCGGCGGAGUAUGGUGGGCUUGUGGAGCAGAGGAGCGUUUUUCCUGCUCAGCAACAGCGACUGCAGCAGGUGAAGAAGAGCCGGCGUGGUCCUAGGUCGCGGAGCUCGCAGUAUCGUGGCGUCACGUUUUAUAGAAGGACCGGCCGAUGGGAAUCUCAUAUAUGGGAUUGUGGCAAACAAGUGUACUUGGGAGGAUUUGACACCGCUCAUGCUGCAGCUAGGGCAUAUGAUCGAGCUGCGAUCAAGUUUCGUGGAGUUGAUGCUGAUAUCAAUUUCAAUGUCAGUGAUUAUGAUGAAGACAACAAGCAGAUGAGUAACUCUACAAAGGAGGAAUUUGUGCAUAUCCUGCGUCGCCAAAACACUGGUUUCUCUCGAGGUAGUUCAAAAUACAGGGGAGUGACCCUUCACAAAUGUGGGCAGUGGGAGGCUCGUAUGGGACAGCUUCUGGGCAAGAAGUAUAUAUACCUUGGGCUAUUCGAUAGUGAGAUAGAAGCUGCAAGGGCUUAUGACAAGGCUGCUAUAAAAUGCAAUGGUAGGGAAGCAGUCACUAACUUCGAGCCUGGCACAUAUGAUGGGGGUACAGUUGACAAUCAAAAUCUUGAUCUGAACUUGGGAAUCGCUCCUCCUCGUAUGGAGGAUGGCCUAAACAGGGCCAAAAAUAUGGGCCGCCCAUGUUUCCAGCACGGCUGGGAUGGCAUGGCCAUCGACAAGGGAGAGAAGAUUGGACUUUCUGGUUCUGCAUCAGUGAGGGUUCUACCACUCCAUGGCCCUUCUGUUGCAUCUGAGCACUCUUCCAUGUCAAGUGGUGUCAGUUUCUUUCCCCUCUAUAAGGGAAGAGCAAAACAGAAGAGGAUGGAAGUAGAUCCUUCACUAAAAUGGGCAGGGCAAAUCCAUACCCCUUAUAGUGAGGCAAUUUCAGCACCAAUCUUCUCUACUGCAGCAUCAUCAGGAUUCUCUUCUUCUACAAUUCACACCACACCUUCAGCUUCCCCUGCUCAAUUUCACUUUCCAAACAUACCCAAUUUCUACUGCAGGAGCUGAGAGGUAGAUUUAUAUCCAUCUGUUAAAGUUGGUGUAGGACUAGGUAUGCUUCUUCUGGGUCUCCCUUUUUCUCUUUGUUUUAAGCAAUUCCGUAUUACUUGGCUUUGCUUUUGGGUCGUACACCUGCACCGCGAAGAAAAUAGUUAAAAGGAAAGGACUAUCUGUCUACAUCUGUAUCAUGAUCAACAUCAAAAGCUAUAUGGCUUGUGUACGUAUGAACAGUUUAUAUGUGUGUGUGUGGAUGCUGAUCAUUCCAGCUUUUUAGAAAGACUGGCCUCUACCAAUACAUGUGUUAUUGGGGAUC